GCAACCAGCAGCCAGCAACCAGCAACCAGCAUCUCCUCCACCAGCACGCACCACUCCACCACCACAGUCCACUGAGCUCCAUCUGCCUCCAGCGACGGCAAGCAGCAACCAGCAACCAGAACCAGAAUCGAAAGCGGAAUCGGACUCUGAAUCUGAAUCAGAAUCAGCGACACUGCGAGUGCAGCUGCUCAAAUUAUUUAAACCACUCGCCGCCGUAGUCCAUCAAUGAGCGUUUCGAUGUCACUGGUACAGGGUGGUGCUGCCGGUGGUGCGCCUCAGGGCGCCAGCGCAAUAUUGGCCGCAGCGGCCCCGUACUACCAGCCGCCAGCGGUGCCGCAGGAUGUCCAGCCGGAUCGUCCCAUCGGCUAUGGUGCAUUCGGAGUAGUAUGGGCUGUCACAGAUCCUCGGGACGGCAGACGCGUGGCCCUCAAGAAGCUGCCAAAUGUGUUCCAGUCUUUGGUCUCAUCGAAGCGCGUGUUCCGUGAGCUGAAAAUGCUGUGCUUUUUCAAGCACGAGAAUGUUCUUUCGGCCCUGGACAUCUUGCAGCCGCCACAUUUGGAUUUCUUUCAGGAAAUCUAUGUGAUAACGGAGCUGCUGCAAUCGGAUCUGCACAAGAUAAUCGUGUCGCCACAGCACCUAUCCGCCGACCACAUCAAGGUGUUCCUGUACCAGAUACUGCGCGGCCUCAAGUAUCUGCACUCGGCCCGCAUCCUGCAUCGCGACAUCAAGCCGGGCAACCUCCUGGUCAACUCGAACUGCGUGCUCAAGAUAUGCGACUUCGGGCUGGCCCGCGUGGAGGAGCCGGACCAGGCGAAGCACAUGACCCAGGAGGUGGUCACCCAGUACUACCGCGCCCCGGAGAUCCUGAUGGGGGCGCGGCACUACUCGUCGGCGGUGGACGUGUGGUCGGUGGGCUGCAUAUUCGGGGAGCUGCUCGGCCGGCGCAUCCUGUUCCAGGCGCAGAACCCCGUCCAGCAGCUGGAGCUGAUCACGGAGCUGCUGGGCACCCCCACCAUGGAGGACAUGCGGCACGCCUGCGAGGGGGCCCGGACCCACAUGCUGCGGCGCGCCCCCAAGCCGCCCUCCUUCUCGGUGCUGUACACCCUCAGCUCCCAUGCCACACACGAGGCGGUGCACCUGCUCUGCCAGAUGCUGGUCUUCGAUCCGGACAAGCGAAUCUCCGUCACAGACGCCCUGGCGCAUCCGUAUCUGGACGAAGGACGGCUGCGCUACCACUCGUGCAUGUGCAAAUGCUGCUUCACUACCUCAGCCGGGAUGCGCCAGUACACAGCCGACUUCGAGCCCUCCGCCGGCCAGCCCUUCGACGAUCUAUGGGAGCGCAAGCUCACCUCCGUGCAGCAGGUCAAGGAGGAGAUGCACAAGUUCAUUGCCGAGCAGCUGCAGACGGGUCGGGUGCCGCUCUGCAUCAAUCCGCAGAGUGCGGCCUUCAAGAGCUUUGCCAGCUCGACUGUGGCCCAUCCUUCGGAACUGCCGCCGUCGCCGCAUCAAUGGGAAUGACGGCAAAAUGAGGCCAUUGCUGCCUAAAAUCGAAAUAAAAGCAAACACAAAAGCAAAAGCAAAAGCAAACCAACAGCCAAACCAUCAGGGAAGGAGCUAUCAGUCGCAAUCGCAAUCGGAGUCGCAGUCGCAGUCGCAGUCGCAGUCGGUGUCUCAGAACCUGAACCUGAACCCAAUCCCAAUCCCAAGAGACAACCUAGACAAAAUUCAGCCAGGAACAACGAUUCAAUGAUGUUGUGCAAGCGCCAAACAACUUUUAAGUGGGCGUUCCGUCUGUUUAAAGCAUUCCACCACCGAAAUUAACAACUACAACAAAAGCAAAACAAAUAAUUAAUAAUACUGUAGACAAACAAACAAACAAACAAACAAAACAAACAAAUAACGUAACGUAACUCAACUGAAACUAGUCUAAACUGAAAAAAAAGGAAAAACAAAAAACAAAAACAAACAAUUGUAGUUAAAGUAGCAGCAGAUACGCAGGAAAAGAGGAAAAAAACUAAGAAAAAACAAUUUCUUAUAAACAAACGAAAAACCAACAAUAUUAAUUACAACAAUCAUAAGUUGCCGCCAGGAAGGAGGAAAGGCAGGAACAUGUUGUUGUGCUUGACAAGAAUUGAAACGAAUCGAAUCGUCCCUCAAAUUCAAUGCAAAAGAAAGGAUAAUGUUUUAUGUUAAGCUCCUAGAACAGCUCCUAGGAAGUCUAUGUAUGUGUAAAUUAAUUAGCAGCACACAAACACACAGACGUCGUGUCGUAUUCAUGAUUAUUAUUAUUAUA